AUCUACUAGGCGUAGGAUAGUAUAUCAUUGAGACAAUUUGAAGAAAAAGGAAGGAAGAAAAAAUGCUCUUCAAGAAUUCUGAUGGCGAUGAUGUAACCAAUUGGUUGGAAGAUGAUUUAGAUUGUGAGAAUGAAGAUAAUGAGUCAAGAGAUAUCUCAAAUAGUACUGGCAGUACUCAUAGCGAGUACCAAGAUGGUUCAGAUGGUGAAGUGAACUUCAUUAAGGUUUUAUCCACCAUGGGAAGGAAAAAAGAUGGUAGAUCAGAGUGGAAGGAUGAGGCAGACAUGCUUGGUGACUUCGGUAAAGAUCCCAAUCUGUGCAUGAAGGGUGUAUGUGCUAUCCAUAGUCGGGACAUUUCUAAAGAGAGAGCUCAUAAUAAAACCUUUUACUUUGAUGAAAUCUCAUUCCAUGAUGAAACCUUUUAUCAUGAUGAAAACAUUGAUUACCAGGGCCAGGAUUUUAACAAAUAUGAUGUCCCCAGGGGAAGUAAUCUGGCUUGCUAUCUCACUGGUGAUGACCCCUCUGGCGAUGUGAAGAAAUCUGUUGAGGAGUUGCAAGAAUAUGACCCCCAAGGUGUUGACGUACGCUAUAAACUUGCAGCUCGCUAUUCCAGGCAACUAUUUGAGAUUUACAAGAACAAAGAAGAUCCAUAUUUUCCUCAUUAGUAUAGUACAGUUCUAUGAAUAACACAAAUCUGAAGUCAAAAGCCUUCCGGUAAAUUCCGGAUAAUGGUGUUUUUGUAAAUUUUCCACAAGGUAUACCAGCUUAGCCCUGCCUCUUUUUAAUGAACUUUUGGAUAUAUCCAAUCCCAGAUAAUGGUGUUCUUGUAAAUUUCCCUCAUUGCAUUUGAAGUAGAUAUAUUUGGUUCUCGAUUGUCUGUUCUGAAUGAUUUUUAGCGGUCAAAGCCUGAGAUUGUGUUUGGAUGAAUGAUUUUGAGGUGGGAUUUCUUUCCUAAGAAGAAAAUAUAAAGGAGGAAAGUCAGU